GUCUUGCUUGCGUGAUUUUAUCAAUAACUUGGGGCUUCAUGACCCUGGUUUCCAGGGGGAUAUUUUCACUUGACAAAUAGGAGAAUGGGAAAUGCCUGUAUUCGUGAACGGUUGGAUAGAGCCCUCUGUUCCCAGCAGUGGAUUGAUCGGUUUCCUGAUACCUUGGUCAAACACUUCACGGAUCAAGGCUCUGAUCAUAGAGCCCUCCUCUUGUCUGAUAAACCAUAUACUCGGAAUAGCCGCCCUCUCUUCCGCUUUGAUGCCCGUUGGGCAGAAAAUCCUGAGGUGCGGGCAAUGGUUACCUAUGUUUGGAAGGAGGAGAUCCAGGGCACCCCUAUGUUCCGACUUUGGGAGCGCCUCAAGAAGCUUCGUCAUCUCCUGUAUGAUUGGAGCAGAGCAGGUACUACUAAUUCCCUGCGAAAUAUUCGUACCCUUCAGAGCGAAAUUGAGCGAGUCAAAUUGACUCAGCCUAUUGACUGGGACACGAUCCGGGAAUUGGAGAUGGAACUGAGUAGACAAUGGGAGGCGGAGGAAGUUUAUUGGCAACAGAAGUCCAGGGUUCACUGGUUAAAGAAAGGGGAUAAAAAUUCGUCCUAUUUCCAUACGGUGACUCGGACUCGGCGGAAAAGAAACUUUGUGGCUGGCCUCCGGAAUGACGAUGAUGACUGGAUAACGGAUGAAGUUGGGAAAGCGGGUAUUGCGACUUCCUUCUAUCAAAACCUUUUUACGACUGAGAAUCAGGUGGGGAAUAUGGCUGAGCGUGUGGCCUCGUUGCCAAUAGCUCGUAGUGUUACCCCCGAGAUGAAUGCCAAUCUGACGGCUGAAGUUCUCCCUUCCGAGGUUCGUAAAACGGUUUUUGCUAUGGGGUCAAAGCAAGCGCCAGGGUCAGAUGGAUUCACUGGUAAAUUUUUUAAGGCCUUUUGGGACAUUGUGGGGGAAUCGGUUAUCACGGCAGUUUGCUCCUUCUUUGCUACAAGCCGGAUGCUCCGUAGCUUUAACCAUACGUGGCUGACACUAAUCCCAAAGGUGGACAAUGUUGAAUCUAUGCGGCAGCUGCGUCCAAUAAGUUUAUGCCAGUUUGUUUAUAAAAUCAUUACGAAGAUUAUGGCGGAGCGGCUGGCGUGCCUGUUACCGCAGCUUAUCUCUGAGGGGCAAAAUGCUUUCAUCCGGGAACGUCAAAUUGUUGACAAUAUACUGCUGGGACAUGAGUUAAUGCACUAUCUUAAAAUCAAAACUCGAGGUAAGAAAGGAUUCAUGGCUCUAAAGGUUGACAUGGAAAAGGCCUAUGAUAGAGUCGAGUGGCCCUUUCUCCUUGCGGUCUUGGAAAAGAUGGGUUUUAAUUCUACCUGGCAGGGAUGGAUUCACGAAUGUCUUCGAUCGUCAUCUUUUUCGGUCCUUAUGAAUGGGACUCCUUCUGGGUAUUUUACUCCUUCCCGGGGAUUAAGGCAAGGGGAUCCGCUAUCCCCUCUUCUGUUCGUUCUUUGCACUGAGGGCUUUGCGGCGCUCCUCCGCAAGGCUAUCGUGGAAAAAAGACUGGAAGGGGUAAAGGUGGCCCCUCGGGCGCCGCGGAUCUCGCACUUGUUCUUUGCUGAUGACUCGUAUUUAUUCCUGCGAGGGAAUCUCAGGGAGUGUGAAAAUCUGAUUGAGGUCCUCAAUGAGUAUGAGGAGUUGAGUGGCCAACGCGUGAAUUUGACCAAAUCAGCUGUCUGUUUCAGUAAAAAUAUCAUUCGUGAGGAUCAAGAUUUUUUGGCCGCGAUUCUGGGAGUGGGUGCGGUGGGGGUCCAUGAUAAAUACCUGGGGUUACCCUCGCUUAUUGCUAGGUCCAAGAUGACCACUUUCCGGUAUUUAGAAGAAAAGCUGUUGGAACACCUCCAGGGGUGGAAGAGGAGGACUUUGUCGUGGGCUGCAAAAGAGACCUUAAUUAAAUCAGUUGCGCUGGCUUUGCCAUUGCAUGUGAUGUCCUGUUUUAAGCUUCCUCUAUCUUUAUGCCGCCUCCUGGAUAGGCAUAUGGCCCGGUUUUGGUGGGGGGAUGCUGAGGAUCAUUUUCGGAUCCGGUGGGUGUCCUGGCGUAAUCUAUGCCGUAGCAAGCACGAUGGGGGGUUGGGUUUCCGUCGGUUCGAGCAGUUCAAUCAGGCUUUGCUGGCUAAGAUUGGCUGGCGUAUUCUAAUGGAACCUCAAUCGUUGUUGGCUCAGGUGUACAAAGGCAAGUACUUCCCCAAUGGGUCGUUUCUUGAUGCAUCAGCUAGAUCUCGCCCUUCAUGGGGAUGGCAAAGUAUCCUCUUUGGUAGGGAGUUGCUGGCCCAGGGGUUACGGUGGCAGAUUGGUAACGGGCAGACUGCGGCUUUACUGGACUCUAAUUGGAUCCCUAAGUUGCAGAUGAAGCCCCCCUGUUAUAAUCCUUGUAUUUUGCCUGAAGGGGGGAAGCUACCGGUUGCUGCGGUGAUGCGUCCAGGGGAGGGGUGUUGGGAUGACCUCAAGCUAUGUCAAUGGUUUGAUCCACCCACCUGUCAGGCAAUUAAAACUAUCCCCCUUCCGCGGAAAAAUGUUCUGGAUAAGUUAAUCUGGCAUGGUACGGCGGAUGGGGUUUUCACUGUGAAAUCUGCCUACCAUUUAGCCGUUGACAUUGAUAAGAGGAAGGGUGGUUGGAGGUUGACGGUUUGUUGGAUGGGAAAGGAGGAUUGGGUUCGGGUGUGGAAUGCAAAUAUCCCCCCGAAACUAAAAGUUUUUCUCUGGCAGAUCUUCAACCGGGUUUUGCCCACCACGGAGGCCCUCAUUGAAAAGCAUGUCCUGGUACAUCCCCGAUGCCCUGUUUGCUGGGCGAGUACUGAGUCAAUGGAGCACUUGUUCUUGGAUUGUCCGGUGGCUCGCGCCCUAUGGGAUUACUCUGGUCUUGGGUAUCUGGGAGAGGGUCUUCCGCGGCAUACAUUCCCUAUGUUCCUGAAGCGACUUUUGGCUCUCAUUCAUCAGCCUUCUCUGUUUAUGGCGGCGGUGGCUCUCCUUUGGCGAAUCUGGCGGUCUCGAAAUUGGGUUGUUUUUGAAGGAAAGCAAUUUGGGUUUCCGGCCUUGAUGCGCCAGUUUCACCAGCAGUAUGAGGAGUGGGUCCGGCUACCCUUGGAUAAGGGUCCCUCGGUUUUUAACCAGAUAAGGGUGCCGGCUGGGGGUCCUCAUCUUCAUCCUGCUGGGGAGGACAGUAUCGUUUGUAUGUGGGAUGGCACGGUGAGGCGGGGGUCGCAUUCGGCAGGGGGGAUGGUCCUUUUAACUCCAACAAGAGAGGUUUUGAUGGCUAAGGGGGUUCAGGUUCCUUGCGUAGAUGACCCUAGGGUGGCUGAAUUACUUGUACUCCGGGAGGCGGUGUGGUGGUGUUUGGAGUCUGGUCUGUUGGGAGUAAGGUUUGAGGGGGAUGCGAAGGUGCUUAUUGAUAAAAUCAAUCAGAAGGAUGCUAGGGAUGACCGAGUCGGAGCUGUGUUGGAGGAACUCGUGCAGAUUUUUAGCAGCUCUCCUGGGUUUCGUGUUCGAUUUGUAGGUCGGCGUAAUAAUAGGGUAGCCCAUCUGGUGGCUCGUAAAGCCCUUUCUUUGUACCCGACUGGGAGUCGUUUCUUUGAUUUUCAGGCCUGGCUGAACUCCAGGGUGUAACUAUCUAUUUCUUUUGAUCAAUAUAUGAUUAUCUUUUGUCAAAAAAAAAAAAAAAAAAACUAAACGCGCGGCCCCUCUUUUGUUUUUUGGUGACCGGUGCCGUUUCCAAUGCCGCAUUACCGCUGAGCUCCCUUGCGGUACCGUUUUAAUUCUCCAUGCGAUACCGAUUUUCCCCUUCCGACAAGGAAUAAAGGUAAUAAUUAAUUAUAAAACUCCCUUCUCCAACCCAACUACACGCGCGGCCCCUUUUAUUUUCAUUAAGCGGUGUCGUUUCCCAUGUCGUGGUACCUCCUUGCGGUACCGUUUUAACUCUCCGCGACACCGACACCGUUACCGUUUUUUACCCACGGUAUCGGAUUAAAUCCCGAGACUAAUUAAUGCGGCAUUUAAUU